AUGGCUGAUAUGUGGCCUCCGGGCUUGCCCUACCCUUUCGCCCCACCUCCGCCACGGUGGCCAUUCUCGCCGCCGCCGCCUCCUCCGUGGCGGCCGCCACCGUCGACGCCGCCGUCCCGCGGCCAUGACAUCUCCAGUUCUUCUUCUUCCGGCGGGAUCGUCGCCGGUGUGCUCAUCAGCCUCGUGGCCGCACUCCUCGCGCUCGCCAUCAUGUGCGCCCUGUGCCAGGGCCACCGCAACAGCAGCCGCGCAUCAGCCGCAGCCGCCGCCGCCGCCGCCGCGGCUCAAUCGCGACCGCCACCGCAGAUGCGCAGUGGUGGAGAUGGUGGCGACGACGGCGGCGGCGGCGAGCGGCAGCUCGGCAGGUCGAGCGCUAGCCCCAGCGCGCCGCCGUGGCCCACCGCCCUCGUCCCGGCGUUCACGUACAGCCGGUCGGUGAGGCGCAACGUGGGCGGCGACGACGGCGAGGAGGAGGAGACGGCGGCGGCGGCGGCGGCGUGCUCGGUGUGCCUGGGCGCGUUCCAGCUCGGGGAGACGGUGCGGCUGCUGCCGGCGUGCCUCCACCUGUACCACGCCGAGUGCAUCGACCCGUGGCUGGACGCGCACACCACGUGCCCGCUCUGCCGCUCCGACACCGGCGACCCAUCGCCGGUGGACGCCGGCCGGAUACCGCCGGUGUAGGCAGGCGCGCCGCCAGGUCGUGCAAUUAAUUGAAGCUUCUUCAAACGGAACUAAAAGGAGAAUUUGUCGGAUAACUGCAUGCGAUUAAUGUCUGAACUUUCUUCAGUAGUUUUGCUGACCUUAGAUCUGAUGAUGCAUUUGUGGAUAACAAAACAGUAAAGUAAACGGCCAGUCCUUAAAAUUAGAGCGAGAUGUCACUUAGGUCCAUAAUCUUAAAAAAUCAACAUUAGGCCGGUCCGCCAUCUUAUUUAAGUGACAACUCGUUUCAACUUUAAGGACCGACCGUGUACUUUACUCGUAAUAAAAAUUAAGCUACAUAGAAAUGUAAA